AUGAAAGAUCUCUUAAACCAAAUUUCCAGCAAAGAAAUGAUGUCAACAACUAAAAGAAUGGGUUAUAUUAAUAACUUCACUAAGGUACAUGUGUACAAAGCAGCUUGAUUUGUUAUUUCUUUUUCUUUCUGUGGUCAUUAUCAAUUGAUCUGAAAACAGAGUAAACGAGAAAAAGUCAAAUCAAUUUGAAAAAUUUUCUGAGCAAAAAAAAAAUUGCUUGUCUCAUUUCUCUAGUGUAUAGAUUCUACCUCAAGUUUUUUAUUUGAUUUUUACACCUUAAACACCAGAAAACAUACACAAAUAAUCCAAGUUUUGCUGAAUGAAAAUUCAAAACAGAGAAAUGAAAAAAAAAAACAAAACAAAACUCAAGUUCCCAUAGGUUUCAAGUUUUCACUAACUUCAAUUUUCAAUAUGCUAAAUUUGAAGUAAAAAACAUGUGUUCAAGGAGAGGGGAUUCUUUAACAUUUUCAGCAGGAGGGCAACUGGUUCUCACAGAUGGGCAAAACAUUUUGACCUGAACUUCGCUAUAAGAUAAACUUCCCUCUGGUAUUUCCUCUGAUUUUGCCUACUUGGUCAAACCAGGUUGGCAAAGCUGUCCUCACAACCGGCAGUGUGUAACCUUUAUUGAAACCCCUGCUCCAGCAGUUUCUUGAAGAAAACAAUUUUAAACACUGUUUAACAAAACAGCUUUAAAACAUGUUUAGGCUUUGAUAUAAACGAGAUUAAGUUAGUGUUUAGGAAAAAAGUGUUAUGGCGCUGGAAAGUGAAUUUCUUAGCUGCAAGGAAAGGCUUGUUACUCUUGGUGCAGUUAAGAAAUUUGAAAUCAAUAUACUUAUUGAUCAGUAAUCAUGUGUCAUUCUCUUUCUCUGUCUAGUUAAUUCAAAAUGUAGGUGAGAAUGCCAACUUUGGUUACUCUCUGGAAGACAUCAUCAAGUGGUAGGUUUUCAGUAAAAAUAUUUUUUUGAUCAUCACAAACAUUGAUUUACUGUUUUGAGGUAUGGGGAGUUUACUGUACAUGAAACACCAAAAGCACCAAGAAUGCUAAAAAACACCCUAAAAGAUUAACAAAAAGUGUAAAAAAAAAACAAUUUUUGGCUUCAUCUAUAUUCACUCUAUACCCUUACUCUAGCAUUUUUUUUUUUUUUUUUUAGGAGUAGAUACAUGACUGUAUAAUGGUUGUUGGCACUGUUUUGAUAGAUGAUGUUUUCAGUUUGAAGAUGUUCAGUAACUUUAUUUUAUGUCUUUUUCAUACUUUUGUCUUUAGCUUAAUGCCUCCACUAGUUUCAGCUGCUAAAGAACUCAGAGCAGCUGGACUGCGAGCAUUUCGUCAUCUCUUUUAUGAUGAAAAAACUCUGUCUAAAAUACUUGAAUACAGGAUUGACAUUUUCAUUGUCAGGUAACAGCUAGCUUAUAAUCAUGUCAGGACUUUAACAUAUUGUGAACAAAAUGCUAAUUAUUGGAUACAUACUUGUACCUUAAGAGUGAAUGGUGCCUUUAGUUUGUGCUGAUUGGUGAGUUCACAUGCGAUAAGCAAAACACUAGUCAUCUCAAAGUGGCUGCAGACAGACAGAUGGCUUCCUGUUUGGCUACUUAUAUCGGGAUUUCAAAACAAGCUGGUAACCAACAGAGUUCUGCCAGUUACUUAAUAAGAUGUCACUGGUUACUCCAAUCAAAAUACUUUCUUUUUGGCCCUAAGCCCUUUAAUUCGCUGAAGUGAUAAACAUGAAACUUCUCCCUACAAUAUCCAUACAUAAUUCAGUAAACAGGUAAUGAGAAUAUUCAAACUUAUCAGGUAGAAGCUGCUACCUUAAUCUAGUACCAAGUUCUCAUAACUAAUUUACAAGGGAAUGUGUAGCAGCUACAGGGGAGAAUUAACAAUCAGAUCUUGGGAGUUAAAGCAUUAAUGAACUUUUCACCAUCACCUUCUUUUGCCAGGUCUGAUGCCUACUUCAAAACAUUUUGAAAACCCUCUACUUACAGUCACCAUUGAGAACAUAAAACAUUCCACAUAUCUUUGUCAAUGUCAUAAAAUUCAUGUUUGGUUGAGAUGAUUGAAAUGAAAAACAAAGCAAUGGCAUCAUUAUUAUCAGGAAUUAUGGUAUUACUUGAAUAUGUUUUUUUUAGUUUUAUUUGUUUUCCUUUCACUAGAUCAAUGGACAUGGUUCACAAUGCCUUUGAAGUGGAACGUGUUCAAGCAUUAAGAUUCAUUCGCAAGGUUUGUAACAACUCUUACUCGGGGAUUUCAAAACAAGCCAGUGACUGCUGGAGUUCCACUGGCUGGUUACUCUGGUCAAAUAGUAAUCUUUUGGCCCUUAACAAACAUUUCACAGUUGCUUACUUUUGCCAAGUCUGAACCUAUUUCAAAAUAUUUUGAAAAACCUGGUUACUGUUAACAGCUGCCAACCUUUUUUGUCAUUAUAAUUGUAUGCCAUUGCAUGUACAUGUACUGAAAGUGUUGUGUUCUUAAGAAGUGUAAAUGUCACAGUGCCUUUCUUUGACUAUAAAUGACUAUAAAUGGGUAAAGUACUUUACAAAUGAGAUAAAUGCUGAGAAUGACCUCUGAUGGGCUGGCAUCCCAUCCCAGGGGGUAGGGGAUGGUAUCAUAUGGUACCCCUAGUUUCUCCCUCCUAUGGAAACAGGAAAAAACUUGCUCAGACAGGAUGGGCAUCUUUGCGCAUAAGUAUACUUCGCCUUUUUUACUGUCAGUAAUAGUUCAGGACUUUAUGUCUUUUCUUUGCCAGAUAAUUGCUGUGAGUCCUCAUCUGUGUCCCAUGUCAAUGGCUGCAACUCUUGUGUCCAUUGGUAAUGAUGAAGGUGAUGAUGCUGACAGAUUACGGAAAGCUUGUGUGGCUACCCUCUGUGAGCUUGGUAAGUAGCAGCUGAAAAUCUUGUUCCUUUUAUAUUGUUUCUGACAAGGUAAUAACUAAAAGCAAGUUGAGCAUUGUGCAACAGUACCAUCAAUAUUAGCCCUUCCAGAAGUGACCAACAAAUUAUUUAUCUAUGCAAUCUAGACAUUGCAUUGUCAAGCAGACAAGGGUUGAGGAGUAAGAAAAAUAAUAAUUUGUAAUGUGAUACCUAAUUCUCAGAAAUGAUAUGGUAAGAAAUGUAUAGCAGACAAUUCAGAGAACUGAUCUCAUGAUAGUGAGAUUUGAUUUGCCACAACUAGAGUUAACUUGACACUAACAUCAGUAGGCACAUUCUCUAUACUGUCUAUACUGUACUGCACAUUCCCAUAGAUGGUGACAAGAAGAAUUUGUUUAACUUUAAAUUUACUCUUGCAACCUUAGCAAUUGAUUCAGGGGUGACAUUGUAAGGAGAAGUUAGAUACUGACCUCUCUUAGGGGUCAAAUGGUCAGCAGAACUUUUACAAUAGUGGAGCUCGCAGAGCGUAGCCCCAUAAUUAUACAAUUGGCAGUAACCCAUCAAGCAGAAAAAAUUUGGUUGUACAACCAUAUGACCGUACAAGGUGCUAUUUUUAACAUGUGUGGCCAACUGUACCACAAGCACGCCAAUGCCACAGCUUUGUUCAGUAGUCCAGUGGUCAGUGCACUGGGCUCCAAGUCGGACGACCCAGGUUCUAGUCCUAGCCGGGGCAAGGCGUUGUGCCCUUGAGACGUGCGGGAAAAAAAUGCAAGCUCCGCUUUUAGGCUUGGCUAAAUCUAUAUAUUAGUUUCAGUGCACUUGAAAAAAUUAUGAUAAUUAUGUCCAACACACUGCACAUGUGCUUUAUCAAAUACAUUGUAAACCUGUAGUGACUGUGAUUGGUGAUUUUUGUUUUACAGCUAUAAAAAGUAUUCAGACAGCAUCGUAUUGUGGUGGAAUCAAUACUAUCAUAAGAAAUGUACUGGAUUCACAGGUAUGGUUGUGUUGCUUAUCAACUGAUGCUCACUUAGUAAAUGUGUUAAGAGACAGUGAAUCCUGAAGUGAAGUUAGUGGCAAGAAAAGGUAAAGAUUGCACUCAAGAUGAGUGGCCAUUCCAACAUGAGUUUAUUCCAGUUUUCAUGCCAUGAAGCAACAAGGAGUAUCACUACUUCCCCUUGGUUAAGAUGGUGGUCCAUAGCAAGGUUACCCCCCAGUAUUUCAUCAGGCUCCCCUGAUAAAUUGUCAAACAAGCAUUACAUCCAGGAGGGGGAGUAGUUUAAUACUGUUAGUCGCUCCAUGAUAAGGAAAACGGAAGAAGCUCUUGGUGGGUGGGUUGCUUGGCUCGAGUACUCACUAUAUGUUAUACAAAGUGUAGCUCUGAUAAUGGAUUUUUCUUCACAGAUGCAAAGAUUCAAUGAAUCCUUGAUGGCCACUUUACUAUACCUGUUGAACAAUCCAGAAUCACGGCUGUACGUCCGUUCAGAUGUCGGAUUAGAGGUACUCAAAGUUUAUUAAUUAUUUUACACAUGAUAAUACAACUUACAUAUCUUAUUUUUUUUUUAGACUGUUUGAUUUUUUUUUUUUAUCAUUUCUCAAGACCAUACUUUUCUUAUGCAGUCUGUGCUAGCUCCAUUCACUGACUUGCACUACAGACACAAUCCUGACACACCGGAAACACAUUUGAGGUAAAUUUAUGUUUCACUAAAUUGACAAUAAUGUUUUACAAAGUUAAUAGGGAGAAGCUUUAUGGGUUUCAUUGAUCAGCAGUUGGUCUCAAAAGGACAGGGUUGCGCAGACUGUUGCGGUCCUCUUACGACUGGAUCCUCAAGUUCUUGUGUGGUUUUUACCAGUCAUCUUUAAGCAGUCUUGAGCAGUUUUAAGUUUUCCUCUUGUUUUUCCCCUCAAACUGCAAUGGAAUGGGGGCUCCUGGCAGGUUUGUUGGGAUUUGUCAGCUGUUGGCCGGGGGCUGUGUUUUCGGGCUGGCUGAACAAAGUGGAAGCCUGCUCUGGGUUUUAGAUGGAGAGAUGGGAUCAAUGCCAGUUUCUGAAAAAACUGCAUGCCUACCCCUCCCCCUAACCCAAAAUUAACUCUAACUUGUUAUCAGUUGACUAUUGGAAGGGGGGGGGGGUGUGCAGGUACUCAGUGAUGUUUGUAAUACAUGUAUAUUUUAAGUUGAAAAUUAUUUCAAUUGGUUUUUGUUCAUUCAUGCUUUUUUUUUUUAUUAAUUGUUAAUUGUAGGGAGGACAAGGCAAGCCGUUUACAAGCCAGUAAGAUGGCCAUUGUUACUAUUUUCAGAUCUUGGUCAGGUCAGUAUCCCAGAGUUGAUGAUGAUCUAAAUUCACACUUUUGUAUUUGUGAUGCAAUGAUAAGUCAGCUUUUUGAACAUCGAGUUAAGGUUGAUUUGUAAUUCCCACAAUUUUUUUUUAGUUUAUCAAUAUGGUAAUUCUCUUUACUGUCUGCCAAACAAUCCUUAUGAUGUUGGUUUGGAGAAUUUAGUUCUGGAUCAACCACCAAUCCCUGAACUGAUAUUUUUCUUUAUUCUGAUCACUUGUUUGUUUAUUUUUUUUGUAACCUUUUUGGUUCUUAUAGGUGUGAUCAGCCUCUGUCGUCCUGACGGUAAAGGAGUGCAGUCCUUGCUGGGCGUGUUUUGCUUGCCAAAUUCUGAUGUUAGGGUAAGAUUUUACUGAAUACAGAUUAGGAACUUCAGUCUCCCUUUCUUACACAAUUGUUUUGUUAAAACAUGAUUGAGCUCUGACUGUAAAUAUAUGAAAAUCAUUUAUAUGUGAACUGCGGUUGAAGAAACGAAUAUGGAAGCACUCCUCGCAGUUAUGAAAAAAAAUUCAGGCUUGUACAGUUGGUGGAGAGCAUAGUGUUCAUAACUGCGAGGAUCACUUCCAUAUUCGUUUCUUCAACCGCAGUUCACAUAUAUGAUUUUCAUGUAUUUCCAGUCGUUUAUUCACCACUUUGAGGGUUUAUUUGGAACCAACAUAACGACCAGCUCCCAGUUAGCUUGUUAGCUCAGUUGAUAGAGCGCUGCACCGGUAUUGCAGAGGUCAUGGGUUCAAAUCCUGUACAAGCCUGAAUUUUGUUCAGGCAUUAUUUUCAUUUCUACUUAAGUUGUGUUCAUAACUGCGAGGAUCGCUUCGCAUGUGUUGCCUUCAUAUGAGGGCAGGGGGGUACAGGGUUGUUGCAAAGCACCAGCCCCUGGAGGUGACUGCUGGUUUACCUAACAGCUAGAUCUAAAGUUUGUUCUUUUUUUUGCCUAUAGAAAGGCAUCAUGGACAUCGUGUUUGAGAUAUUUCAGCUCAAGGAGCCAGAUUGGACAGAUGACUUCAAUAUCGCCCUUCUAAGUGUUGGUAAGGUUUUUACAUUCUAGUUAAUUAUUUAUUUAAUUUAUUUCAGAUUGAGUUUUUAAAAUAGUUUGAAGUACCAGAGGGUAUAAUCCUUUUGCAACAAGCACUUGGCCAUAGUACCUGUACGCAUGUACACAAUGCCGAUCACAUGGAUGUGGUCAGGCUUAAAACUUACUUGUAAGUCUCUAUGCUUUAUUUCUUCAGAUCCUUGUCAAAUGCAGGAUGCAUGGAAAUUAUCCGAGGGAUUCGUGGCAGAAGAAGCUAAGGCAUUACUACCUCACAGGGCAACUGGAAGGUAAAAGGAACUUUUUAUGGUAAAAAAAUUUAAAAAGUGAAGGACGAUCACUGGCUAAAACUUUAAAAAAAUUUACGAGCUUUCGACUGCCUGAGCUGCAAUUUUUAACGGGUGAAAUGUGAAUGACAAGAAGCGGAAUGUUCGCUAAAAAGGGUGUUGCAUUGUCCAGGUAGUGGACGUAAAUUAUUGUCCGCAUUGGUAAUCAGUUUGGUAUGCCACGCUUCCAGGGUCUUACUUGUUCUAAAAAAAGGACUUUUUAGUUUUUCUGGUAUUCAUAAGUUACAUGUCUGAGUAGUUCUUCGAAAAAUGCCAUUGGGAAUGAGUUAUUAUUAGUGUUCAAAAUUGUUGAUGCUGGCUUAAAAAUGGUAGUUUUGAAUCCUUGUAACGAGGACACCGUGGCGAUGACAAUUAUGACAACUGUUUGUUUAUUGUUUGUUUUUUCAUCAAGCAUUUUUUUUGUUUGUUUGAUAGAACAAACCUUGUGAAGAAUUAUAUAGCUUUGGUGUUAGCAGCUUUCAUGAAUGCUGGAUUAUUUGAGGUAUUUUAAAUUUUUUUAUUUCUUUUAUUGGUGGUAAGGCUGUGGAUGUCCAUUUAUUUUUUUAAUUAUUAGAUUAACAAUAUACACGAAAAAAUAACGCACGUCUGAUUGGCUGAAAACGAGUGCAUUUUUCAUGUAGUACGAGUGCAAAGUUGUAACUCGAGUGCAAAUUACAAAUAGCGCGCGCGCUGCCAAAAUAUGUCCGUUUUAAAUUGCCGUGAUGCGUUCUUCAUCUAAAUUAUUAGCAAGUAACAACAACCAAUCAAUUAAUCAGUACCUCUUCCCAAUCAAGUUUUGAGGUUCGUGUUGUAAGUUACUGACCACGUAAACCCAAGCGAAAAAAAAACGUGGUUCCGUAACUUACUGUUUGGACCAAGAAAAACGAGGUCAAUAAGAUAUUUACUAUAUCUCUCGAUUCCGGCUAAACUUCCGAAUACCCGGCCACUUUGGUCCGCCUGACUUACAUGUGUCGGGAGGCUUUGAAGAUCGAGACAUAACACAACAGACGAUAUUCUUAUUCAAUGACAUGUAAAUGAGUGGCCGGGUAUUUUGAAGUUGCUUCCUGGAUUCAAACAGAGGAAGAAGAUUUCAAGUCAAACAAACUUUUGAAUUUAGCUGGCCUUACGGUUAAAUAUAAAUAUAUUUUUGUCGUUAUUAUCUUGUUAUUAUAAUCAUUAGUUGUAGAAGUAGUUUGAAGACAUGUAAAAUGGUUUCCGUGUUUGCAUAGCCUGAUGUAAACACGCGGUAGGUUGGGAAAACACGAGAUAAGCGUAGAAAACCACGACGCGAAGCGGAGUGGUUUCCAGCUUAUCGAGUGUUCUCCCAACCUCCCAAGUGUUUACAUCAGGCUAUGUAAACACGGAAACCAUUUUACAUUUCUUUUAUAAAAUAACUAAUGAAAGAGGAACGAAAACCGUGUUUACAUACGCUCAUGUAAAAUGGUUUUAUGGCCAAUCAGAGCGCGCGUACUAUUUGAAUUAUUUUAUAUAUAUUUUAUUAUUAUUGUUAUUAUUAUUAUUAUUAUUAUUAUUAUUAUUAUUAUUAUUACUGGUAUUAAUCAUUCUUCAAUUCUAGUUCUCCUUGGAUUUUUCUGGCCUUUUCCUUUGUUCUCGGUUACUAUAAUUUUGGUUCUAAAUGCUCUGUUAAAGUGCUUCACCUUUGAAGUACUUUUAGCUUAAAUAAGAUAGAGGCAAACCACACAUGCUUUGCGAUAAUGUGAAUCGUGUUAGAACACCGCAGCAACUAUAUUUGUAACUUGCGUUUGAUUUCCUCUCUUGUAGAGCCUUGUUGAAGUCAUAACAUCAUCAGAUCCGUUCCUUUCAGUCAGAGCCACCAUUCUUCUUGGAGAGCUGCUUCAUUUGGUAAAAAUUACUUUUCAAACUCUUAUUUAUUUAAUUAUUUGUUUAUUUUUAUUUAUUCAUUUUUUUAAAUGUUUCUUAGUGAGUCUUUCGCGCUUCUUUUUUUAAUACUUUGGAAGGUUGUAGCUAAGAUAUAAAGCUGUCGGCUGAAAUUGGAAGUAAGACGGGUAAGAGACAGCGUUCAAUAUCAAGUGAUUGUAAGUGAAAACCGCAGUACUAGUGGCAGUUGUGCUUUACUGGGGGAUCGCUAUCCAAAACUCCAGCCGACGACCACCGCUUUUUCAUUCGGCAAAUUUCGCUGACAGUCGGUACUAAGCGACAACCCUGACCUGUUAUGCCUUUUUAUAACAGUAACUGUUGGAUAUCUCUUCCCAGGCUAACACACUCCUCCCCCCUGAGUGCAGCAGCCAUACCCAUUGUGUACCCAUAUUGGUGAACACAGCUUCUCUGUUUGAAGUCACCAUAGAAGAGAGAAGGUAAUUGCUUCUUCAUCAAGAAUAUUAUCACUUUGCGACCGGUCAUCAUUUAUCACCACGAUUUGGAUUGGGGGAAGGGAGGGGGUUCAAAGGAUUUUGUUUUUCCCCCCCCCUCCACCCCAAGGCUUUGUAGUAUUAUGAUUAAUUCCCCGUCAAUUUUCUUUCGUUCCCUUGUAUACUCUGUUUGCAGCGACUGAUCCCCCCCCUAAAAACCAUGUGAAAAAUCCUCCUACCCUCCCCCUUCCGCGAUAAACCAUGACUGGAUUUGUGUUUUUUUAGCCGCUGGCUUGUCAGGUUUAAAAUAUCAAUGAAUUUAAAAUCUCCCCCCCCCCCCGAUGGCCUCUUUUAAAUGUUUCAUAUAAUUUAAUGUAACAUUGCUUCAUGCGGUAUUUAUAAAAUCCUUUCUUCCUGUUAAAUUUGUCAUUUGGAAUGUAUUCUUUUGGUAAUAAUUCUACCAAAUCACGCUCGUGAUAAGAGGAAAAACAUCUUUCUCUGUUUCUCUACUGGGCUCAUAACUUACCAUCUCUCCUGUUUUAUUAUUGGAAGUGCUUGUACCGAUAAAAAUCGCACAUUUUUUAAUUCUUCACGCCAGUGGGUUAAUAACUAAUAACUUAUUUUAUUUUCAGCCGUGCUAGUAUAGCAGUGAAUUGCUUGGAUCGUCUUCAUCAGACUAAGAAGAGAGGCCUUGUUCCCUGCAGUCUGUACCUCAGCCGUAUCGUCUCUAAGGUACUUACGCUGUACACUACGUCCACCAGUACUGAGGUGACGUAAAUAAAACUGAUCACCCUGAUUGUGUAUAACACGCAUUGAAUCUCUCCCAAAUGCACUUUGGUGCUUUGGACAUAAAUAGAUUUAAAUUUGGUUGAAAUCAGUGUGCGUUUCCUUUGAUGCGAUUGGUUAUUUUUAAGUGACAUAGGAAACUGUGGUUGCUUCGUUUAAUGGCAAAUUAAGGCAAAUACAUUGUGCGCUACGUCCACCAGUUCUGAGGUAGCCAACGUGUUGCUUUACUCUCCCCCCUCGAGUCCGUUUCUCCUUGUGGGGGGGAGGGUACGGCUACACGUAGGCUAGUACUGAGGUGACGUAUAUAAAGCUGAGCAAUCUGAUCGUGUGUAACACCCAUUGAAUCUCUCGCAAAUGCUCUGUGUUCUGUACUUGCUUUGGUCCUAAAAGAAUUUAUAUUUGGUUGAAAUCAAUGUUUUCUUUGACGUGAUCGCUUAUUUUUAAGUGACACAGAAAGCUGUAGUUACUUCUUGUAAUAACAAUCAAGGCAAGUACAUUGGAAACCCUUGUAAGCAUUCAAAACCUGUGACGCUUGAAACAGAAUUGUUACCUUUAACCAAAACAAGCAACCUCAUUCAAGUUUUGAAGAUGGAAAGAGUAUCUUACAUUUCACGCACACCACCAUCAUUGGAUCAGUCUGGGCCAAGAUAGAUGGUACAUUUCAAGGAAAAAUAUAUGUUCUUUGACGUAAAAAAAACCCCUUUUUUACCACAAUCGGCAGUUGCACUCUAAUAGACAACGAUAUUCGUCCUCACUGUGGUCAAACUUUCUUGCGGACUCACUCGGCUGCGCUUCAUGAGUGCACAUUUAGAUCCAAUUUUCCAACGUGUUAUCAGAAACUGGAGCAAAAGUUCCACAAUUCCUAAGAGAACCCAAGUUUGCUAAAUGAAAGACAUUGUAACAACGCCUACAAUGCUGAGGUAAUUGAUGUUAUUUCUCUUAUCAGGCUCACACACUGGAGCCCAAAGUUAAAGACAAACUGCACCGGGACAGGCUCAAGGCUUGUUUAAACAAAGUAAGCUUUGCUGAGAUUAACUCUACUUGCCAUCGAUAUAAAAUUGUUAUUCAUUCCAGUGUGUUCUUGCAAGAAUUGCUCUGCAUGAUCUUACAAGGGAAAGUAGGCGAAGAAAAUGUUCAAAAUUCCUGUAAAGUUCAUUCGCUCGUGUAGUCAUUUAGAGUCCGAGAUGUCAUGGAAUUGAAUUACGCGUGGACCCAAACUGUGUAUUAACCUUCAACUUCCAAGAUCUUAUUAGUAAUUCUCCUUACUGUCUGCCAUAUAGUUCUCGUGAUGUUAGUUUGGAGAAUUUGAUAUUGGAUCAACUAGUAAUCCCCUUAUUGAUAUUUUUCUUUAUUCUCAUCGCUUGUCUGCUUGAUAUUGUAUUGAUAUUGUAAGGAGAAAUUCUGUCUUGGUCACUCAUGGGAGUUAAGGAGUUAACGAGUUAACUACGUGUCUCUAAUAAGCUUACCAGAUGUCGUCACUCCUCUGCCCACAACACCGUCCAACCACCAGUAUUUAUUACAAAUUUAAUUGUUUUAUUUUUUUUCCCCAGGAGAUUGACGAUCCCCUAUUCUCAUCCCUGCGAGACACACAGGUAAUCUUUAUAAUGAUCUGCUCAUAUAUAGAAGAGUUUAUGGCACCCUUCAUAAUUCUUCUGUUAACUGCAUGUGUAAUUCAUGUUGUGGAGCGUCGGACUGCCUUGCGGGAGGUUGAGCGUUCGAGCCCCCGACCGGACCAACACUUGGGUCUUGAGAUAACUGAAGAGAAUGUGCUGCCUUUUCUACACAAAUAGUUCGACAUUCUAGUCUUCUCGGACAGGGACGAUAACUCGUUGACCCCGUCUCCAACAUCCUCUAUGACCUGGUUAACAGAGAACGUUCAAGAACCCACGCACUUCUUUCAAAGAGUAGUUAAUGCAGCUCCCGGUGUUGUGGUCUGGCCUUGUUAUCGUUUACGCAGGCCCCCAUUUAAACCAGCUUUGAUCUGAACUGCACCAGUCUGUUUUGAUUUUGCAAAGUAGUAGAUAAAUGAAUAAAAGUUAUUUGUUAUGCACUGUUUGUAGUAGGCAAUCGUGUUUUGAUUAUAAAUAGGACAGGAUUGAUAUUCUCUUCCUCUUCUAUUCUUUCUACCAAUAAUCAUUUUUUACAAUAAUGAUUGUUAAGUGAAUUAACAUCAAUUUUCAGGUUUUGAUGGAGAGAGAUUUCAGAAACUGGGACUGGCACCUCAUUAGUUCAACACUGCAGGUAAGUAUAGCAACCAUCAUGUGAAUGAUCACUAUCAACAUCAUGAUUGCCUUUUCACUUCAAGGUGAUAGUUCGUAGUUCAAUGCGUUUACAGAGUAUAUGUAAACACAAGUUUAUAAGAAACCCAGUUACCUACAGUCAGGAUGCUGACUGAAUAAAGGUUUUUGUAGAGGUUUUGAGAACAUUGAAAUGAUAAUAACAACUUGAAAGAAAUAUACUUCCAUAUAAUUGUUAUAAAAACAUUAAAGUGGGGUUGUAAAAAUAUUUGUUAAAAAAUCUAAUGAAAGAAGAGGCUUGAAUCCAAACUCCGUAAGAAAUGUGUUGUAAACUUGUUAAAUGAACCACAGCAUUUGGUUGAAAUAAAAACUACGAAACUUGUUAAAAUUCCAGACAAAGGGUAACAAAUUUGCGCGAACGAAAGCUCACAAAACAACUAACCAAAUUCUGUGAAAACAAAACAACAAAAGUACGCAAAAAAUGUCCACGUCAGUUUUCCCAUGUCAAAGUCAGAGUUUUUUUUGACGUGAUUGGCUUAUUUGCAAAAUCACAAACGCUGCGCGUGAAUGCAAAAAGAAUACAAAGGGGGGAGAGGAAGGGGAAAAAUUGUUACUCGAAAUUUUAAAACGAAAGAGAUUUUUUAAAAUAUUUUUGAAACAGUUGUUUCUACCUGCAUACAAAAAUGGGAUAAAAUGAGGGUAACAUUGUAAAUGGGAUACGAGCGGUCCCCUCUUUUCGGUAAAGUCCGUCGUGUAAGUGAAAAAAAAAAAGAAAAAACAGUGAAAAAAUAUUUUAAUGUUAGCGCACGUUUUCGUUCGCCUCACUCCUGGAGUUCCGUGCGGGGCGCUGACAUCAAUUUUCUUGUUUUUUGCUGUCUUUUUCCUGACGGAUUUCGCCGAUAAGGAGGGACUGCUCUUUGUCUACAUUGUAAAGCCUUUUUAAGACAAAGUAAAAUUUACAUAUUUUUUUGGGUGUUUCUGUUGUAGUCUCCAACCGUUACUAUGAGGAAAUUGGAAGAGACUUCAAACCAGAAGUAAGUUUUCACUAAACAACAAUUCCUUUGUUUUGAACCAUUCCUGUAACUCGCUACAAAAAAAACUAUGGAUGGCGCUGGUUAAGCGCAGUUGCAGUCAAAAGUUUCUCCUGGGACCCCUCCUGGUUAUUCCCGUUGUUUAUUGACAUUUCAAUCAGAUACAUGCAGUGAGUUAUGGCGGAUGAUAUGUGGCGACACUAUUUCCCAACUUAUCAUCCACCAUUUUGGUCGUACCCUCUAUUCCUAUUGCGAUUUUGCUUGAUAAUUUAUUUAUCAAUGCCACCAAAAAACUCGUUCUGGUUUAAAUAUCGUGGAAACCAGUACUCUACUGAAUCGAAGGUUCGAAGAAGGAAAAAACGAGUGUCACACCAAAGGUCUUGGGAAAGAAUGUUCAGUUCUGCCCGCAAGAUUCCAGCAGGUCUGACCACCGCAUCUUCUGAGGGUAUCAAGGAGUAAAGGAGUCAAUCAUAAGUGGAUUUCGGUUUGUAGAUAUGAGAAUUUUGUCUUCUGUGAUGGAAUGUAUGCCAUGCAAAGAAUGCUUUGUUUGUGAUUUAAUUUUACAAGAGCAAGCUAUGAAACGCAAAGGUUGUGCCUCGAAUCUUCGUUUGCUUUGCUGCUCGUGGUUGGUCUAUGGAAUUCUUUACUUCAGCUCAAAUAGGCCGUUUCUUUGAAGUAAACAGAAGAUUUGUGUAUGCUUCAAGAUCUGUUGGUUGUGGACGUGCGGCAGGUAAAGGUUUUGUGGACUUAUGAACAUGCCGCCACCUCCUCCUACACCAUAUGCUCGCCAUAAUAAAGAAAUACUCCGAGCAGUAAAGAAGAUCUCACUGGAGACAAUGCGUGAUACUGCAAGAUUCACGAUAUCAAGCCAGGUUCAGAUGAGGGCAUAGCAAGAUGUGGAGUGUCUGUUGAUGGAACAUGGCCUUUUCUUCUUUAAAUGGCUGUGUGAGUGCUAUUAAUGGAUACAGGGAAAGUGGUAGAUGUUGAGCCCCUAAGCAAAGUUUGUAUCAAGUGCAGGGAGCAUGAAAAUGAUCCUGACACCCCAGAAACUACUGCAUGGAGAGCAGACCACAGAGCCUCUUGCAAGGCAAACUUUAAGGGUUCAGCACCAGCUAUGGAACCAGAAGGCGCCCUUCGAAUGUUUCAAAGGUCAGUAGAUCUGCAUAAGCUGCAGUAUGAUGAAUAUUAUGGCGAUGGUGACAGCAAAAGUUACUCAUUAGUCAAAGAUGUAUACCAAGUCUAUGAUAUUGAAGUUCAAAAGAAGGAAUGUGUUGGCCAUGUUCAAAAACGACUGGGAACAGCUUUACGAAAAGUUAAAGAAGGAAAAGAAAGGGAUGGGUGGGAAAGGCAGGCUGACAGAUGCCAUGAUUGACAGACUGCAAAAUUACUAUGGAAUUGCCAUUCGAGCAACUCAGGUGAUCUUGCUGCCAUGAAGAAGGCAAUUUAUGCCAGCUUGUUUCACUGUGCUUCUUCUGCAGACAGUAAUUACCAUGGGCAUUGCCCUGAGGGUCCUUGGUGUGGUUUUCAGCGGGACAAGGUCAAUAGGACAAACACUUUCAAACAUGGAACUGGCCUACCUUUAGAUGUCAGAGAGGAAAUCAAACCCAUUUAUAAAAGGUUGAGUGAGGACAGCCUUCUCAGCAAAUGUCUUGAUGGCAAGACUCAAAACCAGAAUGAGUCACUCAAUGAUAUGGUUUGGGAGCCGUGUGCCAAAGGGGUGUUUGUUGAUUCUGAAGUACUGCAGCUGGGGUUUAUGAUGCUGUCGCUCACUUUAAUAUUGGUUCAAAAGCAGCUAUUAAAGUGUUUGAGAGUCUUGGAAAUUCCCAGGUGAAUUCUGUAUAAAUGAAUGCCAGCAGUUGGACAAGAUUCGUGUUUUGAAAGCUGAAUACAAGUUCCAAGAGAAGAACAAGACAAGGAGGAGGCUACUCAUUUUAUAAUAGCUUGUCACUGAAUUCAUGACAAAUGUUUUGAAUCUUUUUCUUGAGCAUCACACCCAUUUUUUCCACUUUUUAGUAAAAAUUCCGUUGUUUGCGAGUCGAAAAAAAACUGAAUUUUUUAAAAUUUGAUCAUUCACUGAAAAAAUUCAGGUUUUCCACGCCGCUGCGCAGAAAAAAGAUCUGGAAAAAAUUCAGGUUUCGCGCUGCGCAGAACUCUGGAAGUGAAGCACACGCGCCUCGCUCCCAGAGUUCCGCGCCGCGCGUUACGAGUUUUUUUUGUGUUUUUUUUUGUGUGUGUCUUUUUUUUAACUCUCGAGAUUGACUUCGCCGCAAAGGAAGGACUGCUCGUCGUUUAUUCCAAAUGUUAUCUUACGUUUUUAUUAUUGAUUCUCCUUUUGAAAUAUUCAUUGAAAUCAAUCCUUAUCAGAUGUUCUAACUCACUGCCUUUUUACUUGCAGGUUUAUUCGAAACCUUCUGUAUUUCUACAAACCUAGUAGUCAGCGGUUCUGCACAGUUCACAUAUCAGACCCUCAAGCGCGAACAUUUUCAGAAGUAGGCUGCCUGCUCAUCGACUUCCUCCUCGAUGGCGAAGAUGUAAGAUAUAAUUUCUGCUCGAAAGGUAGUGGUGUUAAAGGUCUUGUUUGGGGAUCUGUAAAUAAUCAGGCACGGUGGCAUGUACAAGUAAAACUUUUUUAUUUUCUGUUUUGUUUUAUUUUUGUUUUUGUUUUUGUUUUUCUUCAAAAUUUUGAUGGUGGGGUUUGAUUGAAAAGUAUCAUUAUCUUUGAAUCAAGCCAGCCACUAUUUGUCCACGUGUCCUUCUGUCUGUUUGUGCAAAGGGGGCAAGUUUCCAAAGAAACUGUGGUGCUGCGUCGGUGGGUGGUAUAACAAGAUAACUUGCUUUUAACAACUGAGUUGAUAAUUUUAAUUGGCCGCCAUAAAACAAAGUUUUCUUGUCUGUCUGUAUGUUUAUCUGUGUGUGGUUUUUUCAGUGGCUGCACUGUGAACUUCACAUCUUUUCUUGCAGGUUGCUGAAGGACUUCUUCUCCAUGACCUGGUUCAAGAUAUAGGUGAAUGUCUUCAAGAGGUGAGUGCGUUAGUGAGAGUUCUUAUUUCUGAGUCCAAGGAUACUAUGAAAAGGCACAGUGAGCAUCUAGCUGACAAAUGAUUGAUAAGUAUCUUAGGAAAUAUAUAGAAAAUAGUCUGUGAAAACUAAUGUUAGGGUUUAUUUCGAGUUAAGGUAAAACUUAUACAAACUAGGGCUGUUUGAUAAACAGUUGUUGCCUUCUCGAUAAAUUACCAGAAAACCCUAAAGAAAAAAAAAAACUGAAAAUAUUGCCCUUCUUUCCAUCCUUUUGAGACUUUGUCCGUUAAUCCUUUAACUCCCGUGAGUGACCAAGACAGAAUUUCUCCUGACUAUAUUUUUUACAAUAUCAUGCAGACAAGUGACGAGUAUAAAGAAAGAUAUCAAUUGUGGAUUACUAAUUGAUCCGAUACCAAAUUCUCCAAACUAACAUGAUGAGAAUCAUUUGGCAGACAGUGAGGAGAAUUACUACUGAGAUCUUGGGAGUUACAGGGUUAAGUGACUUUCUAAAAAACUGCGAAUUGUUAAACUUAUUUCUUGAGAGUAAGUAAUGCUGUUCAAUCAUUUGUUCUCCAUAUAAAGUAAUGAAAUGAAUGGUUAAAAAAAAUUACAUAAUUUCUGCCGCUUACUGCUUUUAUCUCUUUUAAGUUUCAAUGUGUUCUUUUCCCCUUCAUGAAUUUAGCUAAACAUCAUGAAUAAUCAAUUAAUCCUCUCCAUGUGCUCUUUCUCAGGUACUUCUUCAGCAUUCUAAGGUAAAAGUUUAGACAAGGGUCUGUCUAUAAUGUAAACUGGAUCUAAACUUAAACUUAUAACUCAAGCACUCUUGAAGAUAACAUUUGUGCAUUUUUUUAAUGUUAAAGUAUUUUAAUUAGCAGCCCUAAUCAGCUCUUUCUGUCAUUUUGGAUCACUUGGGGUAAAUAGAUCACAAUUGCAGGUGUUGGGAUCAAAGUGGUAUCUUUCUCAUCGUAGACAUCUUGAGAUAUCUUGUCACUGAAGAAAAAAAUCGACAAACGAAAAAAAAAACGAAGGAAAAAUCUAAAACAGCAAUAACAAAUGCACAAACCAAUAGAAAAACACUGGAAAAACGAGUUUUCGAUUAAAUUUUAGCCCAGGAUAUUUGUGAUCACACAUUCGAAUCAUAACACAUAAUCGUAAACAACCAAUUUUGUUCAAAAUUAACUUUUCCAUAGGAGCUUCCUAAGCGACAAAAACACGAAUGGUCAAUCGAUAUAAUGGGGAUAGUAAACAGCAUUCCAGGCGUCUCGAAUCUUUAAAAAGAAAACUUCAAAUCUCUCUUUUGUGCGAGGUUUCAGGGAAAUCUUGAGAUUUUCACGAAACGGUAGAAAAAAGCAUUUCACGCGUUAUUAGUGUAGAAGGGAAAACUCCAACUCUCUCUUCUUGUGUGCGAGGUGCCAGGCAAAUCUUGAGGUUUUCGCGAAAUGUAAGGAAAAAAUUCAAGGGUUACGUAUAUUUCAGGAGGGAAAUCACGCCUCACGUUGGUUCAUAAAUUCACGAAUCUCGUGCGCCUGUCUGUAAAGUUCACGCGUCACAGGUUUAUUUUGGCCAUAAUCGCGCGUCGCUAUAAACCUCUUACAACCCUUUGCAAUUAUUCACACUGUGCAGUACACUAUUAAACCUCUUUUGUUUUGGUAUACUAGAUUCUCAAAAGUGGGGCCACAAGGCUCUUUUAUCUGCACAUAACGAGAGAUAAUCGUUUCCGAAAUUAUGGAAGAGGUCUGGACGCUAAAGCUUUUACUUUCGUUCCCAGGCGUUAUCUCCAAGCAUCACAACCGGAGUCCUAAGUAACAACAAUGUUCUGAGCACGCUCAGUAGAGAUUACUUCCUGUUCCUUGGCAAACUGGCCGGAACUAAAGUGGGUUCCAAGUUGUUAGAGAGGAUUGGAGUCUAUCAGUAGUGAGUAUAUGAUUCACGACCUAUCGACUUACUUCUCGUGGUAUCACUUAACUCUUUCACCCCUAAGAGUGACCAGCGUUUAAAUUCUCCUUACAAUAUCACCCCUGAAUCACACAUUAAGGUCACGAAAAUAAAGGAAAUGGUCACCGUAGCUGAGUACAUUUGAACAAAAAUAUCAAACGGUUAUAUAGCAUUUUGCAAUCUCAUAAUGCAGUCUGUAAUAGCGAAGCUCGCAGGGCGUAGCCCCAUAAUUAUACAAAAUAGUAGUAACCAUCAAGCUGAAAAAAAUUUGGAUGUACGACCGUACGACCGUACAAGGUGCUACUUUUAACAUGCGUGGUCAACUGUACCGCGGGCACGCCAACGCCACGGCUUUGUCCAGUAGUCCAGAGGUCAGUGCACUGGGCUCCGAGUCGGACGACCCGGGUUCUAGUCCUGGUUGGGGCAAGGCGUUGUGCCCUUGAGACUUUAGGCUUGGCUAAAUCUUUAUAUUAUAUCUUAAAUUAUUAAAUUUUCAACUCCAAAUAUUGCAUUUCUAGUGUUCUGAUCGGUUUACUCAACUCCUUUUAUUCUGAGUCACCUUAUAUCGAAAUACAUUGCACCAACUGUUACUGAGCUGAGAAAAGCGUUCAGGAUUUAAUGAAAUUUAAUUACAAAAUUUAAUUUUAAAAAUUUCUUCCAUUUGCGCUUGUUGGGUAUGUCACCAUCUCAUGUCUAACGCUCGCUUAUGGAACAUUGUUUAAUACACUUUUUCCGGGCGGAGGAAAAGGUCAUAUGAUUUGCGACGCAUACAUGCCUUUAAGGUGGUACAAGGCUAAUUUGGCCGUUUUUUUUGCUCUGUUUUGCAACAUUUGGAACGGUUUUAAGAAUUUAACCAAAAUAACCCAAAUUUUCAAAGAUAAUAAAGAAUUCAUCUUAGAUUCCGAAAAAUGUUAGAUUUGUGCUAACGGUUGUGGAAGUUGCUGUGGCGGCCAAGUUGUGAGGAAUCAAAAACCUUUCAUAUUGGAAAUGUUACUGGAGAUUUCGCAUACACUGCCGAACAUUUUCACCAUAGUGUGUCACUCGAUGAAAAAAAAACAAGCAUUUACACCUCAAAUGAGCUAUCUCGCGUUACAUACCUCUUGAUAAUUUAUUUUUUAUGUAAAAUUUUAUUCGUUCAAUACUUUUGUUAAGUAUGUGAAAAUUUUUCCAGAGAUUUUUUAAACUUAAUUAACUAUGCCGUCUCCGUUUAGUCUCUUAGAGUUGUGUUCCAUACCGUCACGUGACAGUCUACAAAAGCUGAUUGUAGCAAGCCUGGAUUACAGUCACACUGGAAUUCCGAGGAUAAUCCUCUCGAAAAUUUUAACAGCUUCCAGCUCGGUAAGCGGAUAGACACUGUUAAUUUACACUGCUUGUGUAGCGAUAUAGCAAAGUGAAAGAGUUAAGAUAUUUAUUCUUGCAGAAACUUGUUUUUUAUUUUUUGCUCACAUAUGUAUUAUUGUUUCCAGGCCACACGCCUCUACGCAACGAGCCACAUGAGGGUUCUAUUACGAGCACGUGUUGCGUUCUUCCACAGCUGGGGAAUUGAGCUUCUUGUUACACAGGUUCAGUAGAAAUGCAUUUGACUGCCGAUGACUUUUAUCUAAGCCCUUUGGCUGCCAAACCUGACUAGCAUCUAAUUCUCCCUUCCAAUGUCACUCCUGAAUCAAACAUUUAAUGUAACAUUUAAAAAGGGCACGAAAAUAGAGGAAAUGAUUGCCAACCCGAGAAGCUCUUGAUUGUUUAACAAAUUCUCCUUGUCAGCACCUUAGGGAAUAUAUAGAGAACAGUAUGGAGAAUAUGCGUACUGAUGUUAGGGUGUAAAGGGUUUCUUACUUUCAUUUUAACAGUUGUACGAUACUGAUAACCAAGUUGCAGUUGAAGCGGCUGACGUGUUAGAUGAAGCUUGUGAAGACGAGGUGAGUUGGAAACGAGUAUUAUUUGUGGUAGGGGAGGGGAGAGGGAAGAGGAAAGGGGAAUUUUUUUUUCUCUAAGAAUCUUGAUACAGACUGUUCUUUUUUGCAGGCUAAUCUGCAGUAUCUCAUAGAACUCAGUCCAGUCCUCCUUCAUUUGGGAGAGGUCGGUCAUCGUCUUCUAACAAGGUACGCGACUAUUUCGUCUUAAGUAAAUGGAGACACUUUCUUGGUGUUAUUUUUCUCAGUUCGUACGUGCGCUGUGAUUGUUCAAUGAAGCGGGCUGUAUCUUACUGUACAGACCACUCAAUGCAAAGGUUUGUUUGAAUUGAAAUCUCCCCCCUCUGUUUGAACCCAGAGCUACAAAAAAUAUUUCACAAACCUCGUUUUUUCGGUCUGUAUUGUAAGUUUCUGAACCUCGUUUUUUUCGCACGGACUUAUGACCCGUGCGCUUCGUACAAGCGGGAAAAACUUGGUAAAUAACUUACAGUACAGACUUCGAACUCGGUUAGUGAGAGGUAUGUAAACUGAGCAUGAGUGGUGCGUGUGAUCCGCUCCCCUUUUCUUAAGAUCCCCGUUCAUCCUUUUUGCACGUGAGUCAAGAAAACUGGAUCUUUCAUGCGAAUUCAAGGGUUACGGGUGAAAUUACCAGAAGUGUUGUGGAACUACACGUUCGAACUUUUCAUGUGCUGAUUUUAUGAAGUCCAGAUCCUAAAGUGCGCACUAACAGAGCUACUAUACGAUACGAUUACUAUAUUUAAACACGGUAUUUCCAUCAGUCAAUAAAGAUACCAGACUAUCUAUCUGUUUGCCAUACUACGAUAAAAAUAAUAAAAAUAUUUCAACAAUAAAACUCCUUUUCAUAGAGGCCGUGUCUAAAAAUUUACUUAAACUCAAAACUGUGGCGACCUAAAUUAGAUUUAAAAUCGGUUAAUGAAGAUGCUUGCCUUAGGUCUUAAGGUUAAAAUAUCGUGUUGUUGUUACUUUGUGUUGUUUUUGGUUCCAUUUAAACCUAUUUCGAACCAACUUAACCACAUAAUCGAUAAUUUUAUUUCAGAUUCGUUUCGGUCGAGAGCGGGUUAAAAUAUCUUACGCAGAGAGGAUACUUGACAGUAUUAAUGGACAAUUGGAGAAGGGUAAGUUUAGUUUGUAUGCAUGUAUUGAGUCUCCCGUGCUGAAAACGCGUGCCAGCACACUAGCCCAGUGGUUAAAGAAAGAUGUCUACUGAUCUUUUCGUCUUGUUACGAGUUUGCGAUAAAGAAAAACCUCUGAGUUCCCAUGAGGAAUCGAACGUCAACGCAGCGGUCAAACGUCUGUACGUGUGCGAACGUGGAAAUUAUUAGUGGCGUGCUUUCAGGCUGUCAGAACCAAGUUGUCUGACACGAGUUAUAAACAAUAACACAGGCCCGUAAGUCGCUGUGUUUUAAAAGCCUUUAACGUUUUUGGUAAAGCACAAAACAGAAUGGCAAAUCAACCGGAUACCCGUACUUGAAUAAGCUUUGUGUUCGAAAAGUCUCGAGUUUUCUUUUUCCGUAUUUUUAUUUGCUUCUUCAGAUCUCUGUGAAUUUUUCAAUUAUCUUUCGCUUAUUUAGCGUGACGAGGGUCUUUUCUGUCUUGAAAUUUUGCGCGGGAAAAUGGCGCGCGGGCGGUCACAUCGAUCCCUCUCGCUCAUGCCCACUGUGUUUCGAACAUCAGACCAUCGGAUUCAAUGGGCUCCGAUGGUCUACCGUGUAGCCACAGAGGACUGUGUGGUGUGGGAGGCUGUUGCCAAGUUCGCAUGCAUAUAGUUUUAAUUGCUCGGUAUUAUAUUUUCUUUCUUUCUUGUUACGACGUGCAAUCAGAAAGCGCUCUUUCACGUUGCUUCUCAGCGUUGUACUGUUAAUUUGGAUUGGUGUGAAAUGUUUUAUGUUGAAGGAAUACAAUACAGCGUAUGUACGCUGGGUCGAAGAAUUGCUGGCAGAGUCAUUGACGUCCUACGUCAAAAAGAGCGACGACAACACGUAUCUAAGGAGAUCAAACAGAAGGUAAUCAUUUCAGAACUUGAUUUGAAGGGUUGAUUGUUUUUUAGCAUACCGGUUUUUGAAUCGCGAGGUCUGGGUCCGAGCUCAGGCCAAGCGGGGCCAUUUUCUAUUUAUUGCCUGGAGGCGAGGGAGGGGGAAGGGGUCGAGAUCACAUCGUUUUCAGGGGGAACUAAGGGAGAUCAGUCGUUGCCAUCAGAGAAAAUUGACGUUGUCUCUUUGUAAUAGGCUGGUAUUAAAAGAUGCCUUUUUACCGCCUCAUUUGUACGGACAGUUGGUUCAAAAGAAAAACGGCUUUAAACUCCUGCAGAAAUCAGUAAGUGUGAUUUUCAUCUGUUUCUUUUCGAAAUAAUAGUGGUCUACUAGUGAGUGUGGUUGACUCCGAGUCGAGAGGUCUGGGUUCGAAACCUUGUCGGGUCUGUUCUUCGACAGAGCAAUGUACUCUCAAAGUGCCUCUGUCCACCCAGGAGGAUAAAUAGGUUGGUACAGGUGGACUGUCAAGAGAACAUGACGAAAUGUUGCUGGGGGGGGGGGGAAAAGAAGGGAAGGAUCACCAGCAUCCCAUCCUUGGGAAGUGAAUAUACUCUUGGUCGCUUCUUGACAAUUGGGAUAAGCUUCAGUUCUUUGAGGGUGAAAGACUUGUCUUACCUAACCGUUUUCUGAUGAACGUUGUACGUAGUUAAAGGUUCCUAGAGCUAAGAUCAACUGUUUAAAUUUGUAUUUAGAAUGAUGUGGAGCUGUUUGUGCGCACGCUCCAGACUCUGGAACCCAAAACUAAAGAACAAGUGGACGAACUCAAGGCAGCUUUGUGGGCUUUGGUACGUAUGUUGUACCCGCUUCAAAUACUUUAUGAAGUGUUCGUUGAAUUGUUGCCAUUCAGUGGAUAUCAGGUGUUUUUUUUUUCUCAAGCCUGUUAAACGUAACUGUUGAACUCUCGAUUAGCUCCCUCUUUCCAACAAUCCCCUCAUCUAGAGCUUCAAGUUUGCAGUACGCCCCCCUCCCCCCUUGGUCCUUUUCUCCAUGUUCUUACACUUCUUUUGGGUGUGUUGUUGUAUACAUCUUGAACUAUCUCUCCCCCACCCUCCUCUCCCCCAUUACAAGUUGCAGGCUUUCGUAGAAUCGUCUAAUUUAUUUUGCAGGGUCAUGUUGGAUCCACAAACUGGGGUAUCAACUUUCUUGUAGAAGAAGGAAUCAUUCCAGAAAUUGUUCGUUUGGCCGUAGAUUGUGGUAACUUUGCCAUACGAGGGUAUGUAUAUUUACGAAUUAUUACUGUAAUUGGUUGUUUUUGGAAAGGUUAUACUCAACAGCUGUAUCCUUUGGACGAUAAAUGAGUGACUUGACUCGUGAUUUAUUAUACCGACUUACCGACUGGAGAUAGGUCUGAAGUGAAAAGAUCACAAGAUUUUAAGUUAUUUUUGGAAUAUUGUUUGACUGGUUGACGGUGAGACAGACUGACUGACCGACUGAACUUCCUAGAGACUUACUGAUGUUUUGGUUGACUAACUGACCGACUCGCUGACUGCUGACUUUCUGACUAACUGACUGACUACCUCGAUGACAACUGACUUUCUGACUGCCUGCUUACUUACUGACCUACUCGCUGACUAACUGAUUGAUUAGUUGAUUGAAUGAUUGAUUGACUGAUUGAUUUAUAGGACAUGUUAUUACGUCCUCGGCCUGAUCGCAAAGACCCGUGAAGGUGCAGACAUCCUUCGGGAGUAUGAGUGGGAGAGCGUUCGACACAUGGGCGAGGAUAAGUGGCCAGUACUGGAGACAUCACUCGAAAAUAAAGAGGAAUUUGUUCCCAUUUCUUACAUCAUGGAACCACAAAGUAAGCCAGUACCAUCAGUGCUCUCAGGUAUCAGCGAAACAGAACGCGCAGGAGGGAUCUACUUAGGAGAAGAAAGCAAAGCUGCAGAAGGGUCCACCGCGUAUGAUAAAUUCAGUGGGAUAUAUCUUGGAGAGGACAAGGGACCUAGCAGAAAGACGUCAAUCGAGGAAGCCAGUGAGGGUGGGAUUUUAUCUCUAUGGUACAAAAAUGCUGAAAGACGACGCAAGAUAGCAAGUCGUGAAAGUGGCUUCUACGACGAGAGAAGCGGGGUGUACCUUGGAGAAGAGUCACCUUCGGUGUCAGAGCCUGCAGAUGAAGGCGUAAUAACCCCUGCUCCAGGAGGAAUCCUGGAGCGACUUUUUACUGAAACUGGGCUUGACUUGUCCUCAGUUAAUAAGGAAAUUAAAAUGUCGCAUCGAAGGAAUUACAGCGAGGGAAAUUUUUCGGUCGCAACUUUCGGCGAGAAAGAUUCAACCUUCGAGACAUUAGACGUAAAGCGGAGGGCGGUGUCCAAUGUCGAUCGCAUCGGGUCUCCAUUGAAGUCUGUCAGUGAACAUUCUGUUGACGAUGUACGUGUGUCUAAUGGGAUCGGAUUAAGGCCCUUUCAUAAACACACUGCCAGCGCCCCUAGUGAGCAUGUCCCACAAAUGGACGGGACAAUGUCAGAUGGGAAUCGCACUAACCGUGGUUCUGUUUCCGAAUCGAUUACUUUCUCUGCGCUCAAACCGGAAAUGAGGAACCGCACAGAUAGCGAAGUGACUGAUAUGUCAUCCUUACACAUGCGUUCCGGAAGUAACUUGAGUAGUGCGAGUGUGGACAGCGGCGACUUCUUAGAAAUGUCUUAUAUUGCUUCACGCAGCCGCACGAGCAGUGCGAGCGAGACUGGGGGCUACUUACAGCAGGAGAGCCCCACGAGUCAAAGUUUGCUAAGUGUUAAUUCAGAUGAUACCUCUAAGACACUUGGCGAUAAAGACCCGCCAUUGGACUCCUCGGCGGACAGCCUUCAGGGGGGCCUCUCGUUCGAAUCUCCCUCAGCAUACUCCUCGAAUGAGCUCCUACGGCGCAGCUCAAGUCCCAUAGCAGAAGAUCGCAAACGCCUCCCAAUCAACGAUUUACUACAAAACGAUCUCGAGUUGCGGCAGCGGAGCACAAGCCUCACAGAAAAACGGCGCAUGGGAAGUCCAUCCCUCGGGAUUAUACCCGAGACCCGUAGCUCCAGUUUUAGCGGGAGCACGGAUUUUACUAAGGUGGCGAACAAAAGUCGCGCGAGUUCUGAUGCCGAGUUGAUCCAUGUGUCUCCGGUGGAGAAUCUAAACGAUUUGCACGGUAGUAACAGAAGCUUGGCUGAAGUAAAGAUCUUAAGUGAUAAAACCAUCGUGUUUCGCUCCGGCGUCGAAAGCAAAACCAGGGCACUGAGUGUAGAUAGUGCUAGUUCUAGUGGACUAAGAAGAGACAGACUGUUGGUUAACAGCGGUCAAAUGAGUGGAGACGAGUCGGAUGGCAAUGUCUCGCGCAGCCGAGGCAGUUCCUUUGAGAAGGCGGAUUUUGCUAGGAAACUGGGGCUUAAAUCUGGGGACUUAUCACGCGUUCGGCGCACGCGCAGCACUAGCAGUGGAAAUUCGUCAACUGAGGGAUUUUCGCCGAAAAAGAUUGUGAAUAAAAAUCGUUUACUCGGCUCAAAUGAAAACAACACUGUGAUUUCUGGGGACAUGCGACGGAACUCAUCUGCCAGUUCAGAGGCCUCGCUUUUCACGAGCUCUCGUGACGCGUUUGGUUACACGGCACUGAGCACAUUACGACGUCAGAGAAGCUUUAAUCGUGACCUGGAGAAGAAAGUCAAUGCUUUUGGCACCACCAGAACAGGGUGAAUUUGUUUAACUUUUUUGGCCAAACUUUAGCAACUACCGGUUUUAAUGUAUCUAAUCUCAGUUAAUCAGCCUGAUUAUUAAGUUUUUUUGGUCACGCAAUAUUUUGUCAAUCCUAUUACGUGACGAGCGAGGCCUAGGCCUCUAUAGUUUCCUUUUUAAGUAAUGAAAAUAUCGUGUACUUAUUGACUGAGUGGGAGGGCCUGACGGGAACAUAUUAGGCUCGAGGUCAUGACGUACAGACCGAACGCAGCAAGGUCCGUGCGCCAUGCAUGAGAGCCAAAUAUUUUUCCGUUCGACCCUCCUACUCAGUCAAUAAGCGUUAUAUUAUACGACCACUUACUAAGUAGGACGCGACAGACUAGUGCGCGCGGGAAACCACAAUAAAAAACAAUAAAAACUUUUCCUUCAUAUUUUUUAGUCAGAACAAGAAAUUCACAAUUCAUCGAAAAAAGUGGCUUAUUUUCUCAUUUUUCUUCACUACUGUCACUCAUUUGCAGCAACAGCGAACAUUUUUUCUCUGCAACAAAGAUGUACAAGUGCGCGAGGGCCAGACGGUUUUUUCCGGACUGGCUCACAUCAACCCGUUCGGCUCUGCACGUCAGCGGGGCCGGACGGGGCAUAUGAUAAAUACCACUCGCAAACCAAGGUCGAGGUCCAUACUUUAAGUUACGGACCGAGUUUUUUCUGCUCAGAUUUUUGCGGAAAAAGCGAAGUUCUGUAACCUACAGUACGGAUCAAGCAACGAGGUUAGUAAGAUAGUUUUUGUAUCUCCGGGUACAAAUAGAGGGGCAAGAUUUCAAUUCAAACAAAUUUUUUCAAUUGAGCGGGCUGCAGAGUGAAAUAAGGCCUGUUAAAUUGACCAAUCAUAGCGUACGUACUGACUGAGAAAUGUGAUAAAUAAUAGUUUUGUGUACAAUAGAUUUUAUUGCCUUAAUGAUUUGUUUGUUUUUCUCCGCAGCACUUUCCAGUUUCCGCGUUCCAUGUCUGCCGGGGAAUUCUCUUCCACCAAGCGCGACAGUUUAGCUAGCAUUCCCAGCGCCUUAGAGUUCCGACAGUUCAAAUCUACGAACAAGAAUAUCGGAAAUGAAUUCCUUGGUCUCUGUCUUCCUCGUGAUUUGAGCUUGCUCUUCCAGGUGAGUGAAAAGAAAUAGAAUUUUAAAAAAAGAACAAAGAGUGUUACUGUCGUCAAUAUCGGUAAAAUACCGGACUGCGAAAGUUUUAAUGUCAUUCCUCUGAAAUUUUUGUCAAACUUUACCUAUUGGUUUUUUCUCUUAGAAGAACGUAAAUUUUGAAAUAAAAAAGAAGAGAGGGUGGGGGGUCCCGAUCCUCGUUUAGGAGCAGUAAUACCUUGGAGAUACCCUUAUAAUUCUCAUAAUAUCAUUAUAAUUAUACUAACGAGUACUUGCUACUCUGAGAAUUGGUUUAUAUUUGUUUGACGGAAAGAAGUUAUCGCUCAAUUCAAAGAAAGAGUGAAAAGGUUAGGUCACCUUGCUCGUUUGCGAGAAAAUGAUGAUUUAUCACUAUGGUGAGCUCUUGCCAUAAAGAAAAAGCUGUCUUUUUAAAUUUGCGCUCGCUAAUCAAGUGCGCAGUUAUACGCAGUGAGGAUGUGCCAUGGAAUUCAACGAAAUGAUCUCAAGGAAAGUCUGAUGUAUUAAGAAUUGUUCGUAAUGACUGACUGACUUACUGGCUCAUUGAUUUAUUGGCUUUCUGAUGAACAGACUGUCUGACUCACGGACUGACUGACCGAGUGACUGACCGACUUACUGACGGACUGACUUACUGAAGGACCAACUCUUUGAUUGACUUCUUGACUCAAUGACCGACUGACAGCAUUUGCCUUUGUUGAACUGAUUGAUUGGUUUGACUGCUCCACAACAGACUGAACCAUACGAGUUCCAAGGCUCCUGGGCGGACCAUUUCGUGGCUACACCUACUCUUCUUCCACCUUUUGUUGUCAACCCCACACAACGAGAGAGUCAUUCCAGCCACGAUAAGUCACGCUGCCUCGGCUGCAUGUACACAAAAUGCGUGGGGACUGGAAGGGACACAACAAAGUCCUCGGAUAACAUGACUGAUGGAGAGUGGACGAAACUACCACCUGUGAUGGAGGCAAAUGUAAGAUGAUAUUUUGUUUCAUUCAUUAUGUCCUCAGUUCCCCAGCUGCUCUUCUGUCUUGGAUGAAAAAGUUACACGAUAAAACCCAUGAGUUUUAAGUUCAAUUUUGACCUUCCUCUUGCCUGCACUUUUCAGUAACAAAUCUGCGAACUAGAAUGGCAAGCGGUGAAACUUCUUCGUUUGCAUGCAUGACAGCGAUGCCGAGCUCUCGCGAACUUUUCUUUCACCAACGUUUCUUUCAUUUGAAUGACACCUCACCAUCUUCCUCAUCUGACUUUGGUUUUUGAUCUGCUUUAAGACAGAACAAAGUAACUUUUCUUUCCGAUUUAAGGGUGAAAGUGUGAAUUCAGCAGUUGCCUUUUCCUUCGCCAAAUCGGAAAGUGACUCGUCGGUAACAGCGACCAGCAUGUUAGCGAAAGGUAGUAAACUGGAUGAAAACACCACCGAAGGAAAACGACUGUUCCGUGCUGAGAUCCUGAGAAUCGUGACGUCUCUGAGCAGCGUGGUGGCUUCUCGAGCUCAUCAGGAAGAACUUAUGAAGUAAGUCAUGUAUUAGGACUGCUCCCUUCCCCUCCCCCUCGCCUGGGAGGCGAGGGGGAGGGGAGGGGAAGGAGGGGGUGGUCCCUUACUUAUAGGGCUUACAAUGUUCUUUUGAUCCCCCCCUCCCUCAAUUAUUUCUGCAGUGUCCCCCUUUAUACGCUGUUAGCCGCGAAUGAUAUUCCCUUCAUUUUCCCUGAAACCCAUGUGACACCCACCCCAAUCCUCGCAAAAUCCCCCCCCCCCCCAGGAAUAAGCAACCCUGAUAACAAAACUAUUAAGAGAUGGGCGCUGUUCACGUGACUUCGGGGCGAAUUUCGUACUGGAACGAAAGAGAAGUGAAGAGAACAUUUUUAAGGUUACUAAUAUUUUUACAGGUUGAGGGAAAAGUGCGCUCUCUUGUUUCAAGAUCUUUGUCUUUACUGUGAAGUGUCAGACAUUUUGGCUUUGUACAAAUUCAAGCUUCACAUCAGAAGGUUUAUUCAGGGGCUCUUCGCCAAUGUUAAUUUUGAUCCGGUGAGUCAACUUUUUUCCUCCGCAAACUUCAUUUCAAGAUUCUCAGCACUGCUUUUAUGGGAUAAUGUCUUUUGCUCCAGAUGGGUUUAAUUUUUAAGGGUUAAGUCUGAGAGUGAAACCCUGACGAGUGACCAUUAAAAUGAAAGCUUAUGAGCCGUAACAUCGUGCAGAAUGCGUGGGCCUCGUUAAUUAUUCAUAACCGAUAAACGCAACCUCGUUUUGAAGAGUCCUAAAUUUGAGAAGAAUGGGCGAAAACUGGCACAAGGCUUCGUAAAACUAACUUUUCUGAGUUUUAGAAGUGCUUACUUCUAAAUCAACGCAUGGCUCUUUAAAGAUUAAAGAUGCGUCUACAAUUUGCAGCUAAAAUAGAAGAUUUUUAUGAAGUAGAAGUAUUAUCAUUUUGCGCUUGAAAAUACUCAAAAUUCGGCCAUUUUUAGUAUGAAAGUCAUUCUCAAGAGCGAUUCAAGAGUUUCAUGCGAAGCCUUGUAGAUAGUGCUUUACUAGUCAGUAUGAAAGGUGUACUGUGAUAGCUACUGCAUAUUAGUGUCAUGUGGCAAAGUUUAUCAUUUCAUACAGAAUUUGUCUUUGUGAUAGAAUCUCCUAGAUGCUCUGAAUUAUUAGCACAUUUCUUGUGUCGGUGAAUCUAUCUUCCUGACCGAAAUUUUUUUUUUUGCCUGGCUCUGACAUUUUUUUUUUCGGUGGAUUUUCUUUUUUUAACGACUCGAUUUUUUUUCCUCUUUGUAGAUCAUUGAACAGGCGGACUUAGUCCUUGGUAGAGAGCAAAGUGACUCGUCUGCAUGACUGGAUACCAGACCUUGUUCGUCGUUAUUGGAGGAAAACUCUCGCAACUGACUGCAUGGCUGAAUUCAAGACCUUGUACACUGUGAUUGGAGGAAAACUAUCGAUCACGUGCUCAGCACGCAGGCCACUUGCGUGACUGAAUUCCAAACCUAGCUCAUUGUGACUGGAGGAAAACUCGAUCACGUGCUAUACAUACGGCCAACAUAAAACACCAUCAAAACAGAGGCAAGACAAUUUUUCAUUGUGCGCAGUAAUUCCAGAAGCGAUAAAAAUUUUACGAUCGAAUCGGCGGAUUCUUCAGAUCCUAACUUCUCUACUUCCUACCUGGAGAUUCUCAAAAACUGUUUUUUUUUAGCCUUUCUUUGCAGGAAAAUAUGAGAAAAAGUGCAAUUAGUCGAGGAGAAUGCCCUUAGUGAUAACACAAUUAUACUGCGUUCUUUAACCCAACUGUAAAGAUAUUUUUCUCCGUUUAUGAAGUAUGACAAAUCUAGCAAAUGUUACUUCUGUUUCCUUACUCGUUUAUUUACAUUUGCAUCAGUUUAUUUGCGAUGUGGUUGCGAGAAGUCUGAAUUGAUCGUUUGUGCUCUGAUGCGCAGGUGAUGAGAAUUUAAGAACUCCUUUUAUUCUUCAACGUUGCUGUAAAUGCUUCGAUAAGUUCGUUUUUAAAGACAAGAUGAAACACACAUUCAAACGAAAGAGGCUGUAAAUAAAUUUAGGUUCAGAUAUACUGUGAGAUGAAAAGCAAG